ACAGCAAGGAUGGUUCCACACCUUGGCAAAAAGGAGAUAAGAACGGUCAGCAAUCCGGUGACAGCAAGGAUGGUUCCACACCUUGGCAAAAAGGAGAUAAGAACGGUCAGCAAUCCGGUGACAGCAAGGAUGGUUCCACACCUUGGCAAAAAGGAGAUAAGAACGGUCAGCAAUCCGGUGACAGCAAGGAUGGUUCCACACCUUGGCAAAAAGGAGAUAAGAACGGUCAGCAAUCCGGUGACAGCAAGGAUGGUUCCACACCUUGGCAAAAAGGAGAUAAGAACGGUCAGCAAUCCGGUGACAGCAAGGAUGGUUCCACACCUUGGCAAAAAGGAGAUGAGAACGGUCAGCAAUAUUUGUUCAUCAUUGUAA